AUGCGACGCCUUGAAAGUCAUGCUUGUCGUGUAAUAGAAAAGUUCAGGGGUCAUCCUUGCUCAAUCUCGAGAAAGUUUCUUAAAUUAUUUUUCUUUUCAAUUAUUACUUCUUCUUUGGGCCUUCGAAAACCGAACGAUAUGAAGGCUGCUCAGAACCACGAACUUCUGACAUCUUUGCUCACUUCUGAUGGCCACCACUUGAUAUCCGUCUUUAAGACUGGCCUGAAGGUGGAUCUUCUGCCUUUUGAUCUCUGUCGACCAGUUGUACGAAGCCGCCGCGAAUCCCGAGGGCCAGAAAGUAGGCCCCCUGGAGGGCUGAGUCCUCAUCGGAUCACCGGAAUCCCACUUCGCUCCAGUGAAAGCAGAUCUGUUCUGAAGGCUGUCGUACUUGCUGUUUCCAUUAGUCAGGACGGCAAUUUGGCCGUCACAGGUAAGCAGAAUGCAGGGUUAACAAAACUGGUCCUGUUGUUGGGUUUCCAAAACACUUUCUGA